UUCAGAUUCCCACUUCCUUCCUCUUCCUCGUUUUUUCAGACAAUCAGUAGGCGAAAUGGGUAUUACAGUGGCGACAAAUGCUUUCUAAGCUCUCCGAGCUAUUCUGACUUUGUCUUCUGAUUUCGAUUCCAGGGCAAAAGUCGAGCCUCCAUUAAACUUCACAGGUAAUGGACAGAAUCAGUGGACUAUCAGAUGAGUUACUGGUCAGGAUACUAACGUUUGUUCCGACAAAAUUCGCUGUCUCCACCAGCAUUUUAUCUAAACGAUGGGAGUUUGUAUGGACGUGGGUGCCUAAACUCGAGUUCGUGGAUAAUAAGUACGGAUCAGACCUUGCAAUCAGGGAUUUCAUCAGCAUGAAUCUGCCACUACUCAAACCUCCGGUCAUAGAGAGCUUUCUCCUCAAAUGCUUUUCAUCAUUCCCACCUGAGGAUAUCACUCGGUGGGUUGCAACUACGGUUUCUCGCUGCAUCGUUGAGCUAGAUAUCGACUGUGUAUACUGUUGGUCUGGAGAACCUUGUUUGUUAUUGCCGAGCAGCUUGUAUACCUGCGAAUCCCUAGUGACUUUGAAACUCAACGGCGAGAAGAUUCUGCUGGAUGUUCCUCGGACAGUUUCUCUCCCUAUAUUGAAAACUCUGCAUCUCGGACGCGUGACUUACCUAAACAACGACUGUUUUCGGCUGCUUAUAUCCUACUGCCCAGCUCUUGAGGAUCUGGUUAUCGAACGAAAUGGUCAGGACAACAUGAAAACCGUAGCUGUGAUUAGUCCGUCCUUGCAGAGGCUAACCUUACCGAUAGGUCACGGGUUGUCUCCUUUCGUUGAGGAGUAUGUGAUAGUGACUCCUUCUUUGAAGUAUUUCAAAGUUGAGGAAUAUAUGUUAAACUACUCUUAUUUGGUUAGACAUAUGCCCGAGGUUGAAGAGGCAGACAUCAAUGUCCAGUAUUAUUUGUUUAGUAUCUUCGAUUCCAUCACAUCUGUCAAACGCCUCUCCUUGUGCGUAUCAUUCAACAUCAUUUCAGAUGAGUAUAUGUAUCAUGAUGGUAUAUUCUUCAAUCGGCUUGAACGUCUGAAGCUAUGUAUACGCUUUGAUUAUUGGUCCAAGCUGCUUUUCCGGCUGCUCCAUGAUUCUCCUAAUCUCCGAGUUCUUAAUCUCUGUGUCUCCAAAUAUAUACGUUUCAAGAAGUAUGAACUAAUUAACUGGAACAGCAGCGAGAUCUCUGUUCCGAGCUGUUUGUUGGAGAGCCUUGAAACGUUCGAGUUUGCAGAGUACAGGGGAAGUCGAGAAGAGAGAGACUUCGUGAGUUUUAUCAUCAGACACGCUUGUCACUUGAAGUCCUCGACGAUCACGCCUUGCACCGGGAUAGAAACUGAUUCCGUUUCAGAAAGUUCUGAUGAGUGCUAAGGAGGAGUCUCACAUUCGAUUCUGGAUUUUUUAAGGUUCUUGUUUUGUUUUUAAUGUCUAAGAAACAGUUUGGUGUUUAAAUGAUUCUCGAACUUUGGUACCUUUAACUUCUUUAUUCAAAAUUGAAGUUAUUUUU